GUUUAGGACAGCCAGGACUGUACAGAGAAACAGAGAAACCAUGUCUUUAAAAAACAACAACAACAAAGAAAUGACAAUACAUUUCCCUCAAAGUGUGUUUUCUUCUCAAGUUAAAGUAUUCAUGAAGGGGCCAAUAAAGAGAGCCAUCUUACUGAAUGCCUGUCCCACUCCGUUUGGUUUGUGACUAAGUUGUUCUUUCUGUCCAGGCGCCAUUGAAAUUGGGUUUUAAGGUAGCAGCUGUGUUGCCUCAUCCCAUAUUUAUCUGCCUUAUUCUGGAGCAUAGUUAUCUAGGCUUUUCGAAUUUUGCCUCCAAUCUACAUAUGGUUCCAGGGGAAACUUAAUUAAAAAAACUUAGAACAUUAUGUUGUGGGAAAUUUCAGAAUAGUAUAUACAAAUAGAGAUAAUUGUAGAAGAGACCCUCAUCCAAUUUCAAUAAUGAAAACCUCACGGUCAGUCUUCACCUAUGCCACACCUACUUUUCAGCCACAUCUGAAUUUGGAAGCAAUUCCUAGAUAUGUUUCCAAACAUUGUCUUUCUAGGUGGUAGAGAGUACACUCCUCUUCUUUCCCUGUCCUUGCAUGGGAAUGGCAAUUCCAAACACUUCACAGCUCCUCAGCGAGAGCCUCAAUCAUGCUGUGGUGCGUUCCUGUAAUCCUUCCCUCUAGAAGCUAACGCAGGAAGACCCCAAGUUCCAAGUCAGACUGGCAACACAGCGAGGCUUAAGAUCAAAUAUGAGAGGUUUCAGAUACUGUCAUAUUGCAUAUUUUCACAGUAUCAAUAUCUGUCAGGUGUUUAUGAUUUUGCUAUCACAACACAGUAAACGUUACAUUUGUAUUUAUAAUUUAUUUUUCAUAAAAAAACUACUAACAUUAUACGCUUCAACCAGACACUCUGACAUCCCCACUCACCCGCAAGCUGAGGAGAAACGCCUCCAAAAGGCAAGGGGAGAGGCUAGGUUGAAAGACGGUGUUCUAAUGUUCUGUGAGCACGCCAUUUUCUUUCCCUUCCAGGGACGUUGGUGUCGCAGGCUUGCCAGACCGCGUGGCCUGGCUUCGCGCCCCGAGGACUGGAGCGGAGACGCCACUCCCAGGAACUGACUGAGGCGGGCUGCCGUGUGCCCAGGGUAGCAGCCAGUCGGAGGCAGCCUGGGAAGCCAGUGGGUCUGAGGUGAGCAGCCCCCAGACCAGUGCCGGAGCGUUCAUCUGAGGGGAGGGGAGGCCUGUGGGCCUGAGACCAGUCACCUGCGCAGGAGCUUCCAUCUGAGGCCUGAGGCGGCCGCCAUUCCCACUCGAGGUGCCACCAGCCCAGGAGCAUCCAUCUGAGAGGAAGCCUGCAGCCUGAGGCAGCCACCCCUGCCUGCUGAGGACCGUCAGCCUCAGCCUGUGGCUAAGCCGCCAGUGUGGAGACCGGCUUUCCCAGGGCAGCAUGGAAAGCGAAACUGACAUCUGCACACCCGGGUCUCUAGGACGCAACAAAGAGGACGUCUAAACCAAGUUCCAAGUCCCUAAGGCCCUGCUUUUUCGACAUUGGUAUACUUAAGUCCCUCAGUUUUUCUUGCUCAGGGAUUCUGCUAUUUAUGGCUGCCACAAAAACUACGAACUGUAAUGAGCAUUUCAGUGUGGAGAAACUAAAGGAAUGGCCAGAGCCGGAGUCAGUUUCUUUAAUGGAGGUUUUAGCCAGAGAAGACAUCGAUGAAGCUGUGCAUGCAAUAUUGUUCAGAGAAAACUACAUCGUGAAGAAAAUGGAUACGUAUUUUCAGCACCAGGCUGUUUUUAAGGAAAGAAGAAGAGAGAUGUUACAUAAAAAAUGGGUUGAAAAUGUGGCACUGCCUCUCCAGCAGAGAAUUAUAGAGAAAGUAAUUUCAUACAAACCUGGAAAAAGCCAAGGAAAAUAUGAAUACUGCCUAAAGCACCCAAAAAAGCCGACGAAAGCCUCUCCAUUGUGUGAGUGUCUGCUUCGAAGACAGCAAGAGCUUCGAGAAGCAAAAGGAGCCAGUUACCAACACGGCACAGGGAAACAGAACGACACACAAAAAACCCCUAAAGGAACCGGGAAGGCUCCCCUCUUCAGCAGACCACCCCAGGCCAUGCUCAUUCCCCGUGCUGUUGCUCCCAAAGAGAGGCAGAGAACCUCUGCCCGAUCCGUGCUGAAUAAAUCCAGUGACAAAUCCAGGGGCACAUGCAGUUCUGAAAAGCUUGUCUGUACGUCAAAGCCACAUCUGUCUCGGGAAGCGACCUCCAGCCCAAGCCAGCUUGCUUUCGAAAGGCAGUUCCGUUCCUGGAAGCUCAGCCAGGAGAUCAAGGAGGCUGAGAAGCAGGGUCCGGUUUUAGGGACCCGGGAAGCAGCAGACAGCCAGCAUUCGCAGGGGCCAUCAGCCCUGGGGAGAAAGGUGAUGACAGCAGAGCUCCUGGGGAAGCAUUUGGCCUCCCUGCAGGGGGUAGCCAGGUCAGGGCUCCAUCGGCCCUAGAGCUACCUGCCUUCACGCCACACACACACACACACACACACACACACACACACACACACACACACACACACACACACAUACACACACACACACACACACACUAAGAAUGGCAGCUUCUCUCUAGGUAGGAAGGGGUUGUGAGAACUGCAGUAGUUAGUUUUUUAAGCUCUGGCUGUGAACUAGAAAGUGUGUGUGGUGUUUUCGUUUUACUGAAACACUUGACAGCAAGACGCCUUUAUCAUCUUCCCUGUACUUGGUACUCAGUGGGGCUCUGUGCCUGGCUUGGGGCCAGUCCUGAAUCAAAGGUAUCAGGGCUUUAUUCAAGUUCAGUCCUGCUCAUACUCCAAGGUGGGUUUUCCUCACAGAUACUCAGGCAUGGCAGUGGGGGUCAAAUUGCUAAGAACCAGGAUCCCCUAGGAUGCUCUGCCACUGUGGGCUGCCUCUAGGGGCACAGAAGGGGUCUCCUCACCAAGGGGAGACUUCUACUUGUGUGAAGGCUACCUGCUUCCGGGUGAUGGGGGACUCUCUGGCAUCUUCCAGAAACUUGGGCUCACAUUUCAGUGGGGAAGACAACUUGACUUCUUCAGAGGCAGUUCUGGGUCACUAGGUAAAGAAGACAACUUGCUGGCUAUAACAUCCCUAGUCAUCAAAGUCACAUGACUCAGAUCCUGAGGGCUCCUGGGUCCCAAACCUGACCAAGGUGUUCUGACUGUUGAGAGCUAGGGACAUUCACUCUAGGGAGGAUUAAAGUUGCCACAGUCCUGGAAGAGUAUGGUUGUUGUGUAGCUAUAGGUACAAGUAGCCUCAGCUGUACACUGCCAGAUUGCCAGGGAGUGUCAUGCGCCACACACAGGCUGUCAGUGACAACUCUUCUUGACUUGUGGUCCAUCUUGCUUCAGCACCGACAAGACCCCCGAAGCCCAGGAGAACCAGCUUGCAGUAGGCUUGCUCAGUAGGCUGUGCCCGGUCCUUUGAAGCUUCCUGGAGACAAGUAGGAUGCUGGGUGCUUCAGUUUUACCCACCAAGUAACAGCUCUUUUCUGUUUUAACUAGUGGGUGUGUGAGCUCAGUAUCCGGAGUUAGUAAGGGAUGUCUUCAACAUUUCAGCACACGGAACUGUGUUUUCUAAGUGAUUCAGCCAAGUGACUCUAUUUAAACAAAAAUGGGGAGAAAGGACGAGCCCUGAGCCCCUCCUGGUUACACUAGCUGCCAGGAAGAAGAUCUGAGACUUUAGCAGUUCAAGUGAUUCUUUCAAAGGGGGAACUUGACUGUUAUCUUCACUGGAGGAUUUUGUGUUCAGAAACUUAGUGAACUUAGUAUUUCAGUAUUCAAAAGCUAGAUAAGCAGUGUGGCUAUGACUGUGGGGUUCCUGGAGCUGGACACAAUGCAUCUUCGACAGUCCUGACCUUUGCACGUACCCCUUCCCGUGGGCCAUCCCCUCAGUUCAAGCACAGCUCCCACGCAGCUCACCCACCCACAACAGUCAUCAGUGAAGCCUCAGAGACCUGACACAGAUGCUACACAAAAUGCUCUGCAAGCUAGCGGUAGAGUUAAGCAGAGCUCCUGGCCCUGCCCCAACCUAACCUUCAGGCUUCAUUAUAAGCAGCUUCUGAAGGUAACUGUUAAAAGCCUUUCACACAAAGAGUCAAGCUUUGAGAGGAGUUACAUUCAUAAACUUAUACCUUUAUUCUCUGUCUGUACAUGUUGGCAAUGAUAAAAGCUUAAAGAUGCAUGUUCUAUGAAAUAUGCAAACAAGGAAUUUACAUAAAUAAUUUAUACUUCAGAAAAUUAAAGUUGAAAAAUAUUCCCACAUUAUUAGAGUUCACAGUAUAGUUAAAGUACAUCAAGCUUCCCUCCUUAUAUUUCAAACUGUAUUGUCUGAGCAAAGAAGGAUAAAAUCUAAUCAGAAUAAAACAAUCAAGUUUCUGUUUA